AUGGCAACAAAGAAAGUGUCGUACUUCUUCAACCCGGACGUGGGGAACUUUCACUACGGACCCGGCCACCCGAUGAAACCUCAUCGACUUUCGGUCAUCCAUCAUUUAGUGAUGAACUACGGUCUUCACAAAAAGAUGCAAAUUUACCGGCCGUACAAAGCGAGUGCGCACGACAUGUGCCGGUUUCAUAGUGACGAGUACAUUGAGUUCCUGCAGCGAGUCACACCGCAAAACAUUCAGGGGUACACCAAGUGUCUUUCCGUGUUCAACGUUGGCGACGAUUGUCCAGUGUUUGAUGGGUUGUUCGAGUUCUGCGCCAUGUACACUGGCGCUUCGCUGGAAGGUGCACAGAAGCUGAACCACAACCAUAGCGACAUUUGCAUCAACUGGUCUGGCGGUUUGCACCACGCCAAGAAGUUUGAGGCGUCUGGAUUCUGCUAUGUCAACGACAUAGUGAUAGGCAUUCUGGAGCUCCUGAAGUACCAUCCGCGUGUCCUCUACAUUGACAUUGACGUGCAUCAUGGCGAUGGGGUACAGGAAGCGUUCUAUCUGACCGAUCGCGUGAUGACGGUAUCGUUCCAUAAGUACGGCAACUACUUCUUCCCCGGGACGGGCGAUAUGUACGAAAUUGGUGCCGAAUCGGGGCGGUACUAUUCGGUGAACGUGCCGCUAAAGGAAGGUAUCGACGAUCAGAGCUACGUGCAGGUGUUCAAACCGGUCAUUUCAGCUGUGAUGGAGUUCUACCAGCCGACUGCGAUCGUACUGCAGUGCGGCGCAGAUUCGCUCGCUGGCGACCGGCUGGGAUGCUUUUCGCUCAGUACGAAAGGGCACGGCGAGUGCGUCAAGUUCGUUAAGGACCUGAACGUGCCGACACUGGUGGUCGGAGGCGGUGGGUACACGUUGCGCAAUGUGGCACGCUGCUGGACGUACGAAACUUCGCUGCUUAUCGACGAAACCAUCUCGAACGAGCUGCCGAUGAACGAUUACCUUGAGUUUUUUGCUCCCGAUUUUACGCUCCAUCCGGACAUUCCCAGCAGACAAGAUAAUGCGAACAGCAAACAGUACCUGGAAGCGAUUACGCGACACGUUUACGACAACUUGAAGAUGUGUCAACAUGCACCCAGUGUACAGAUGUUCGACAUACCUGAGGACGCACUUCCGGAGGAGCUGAAAACGGUCAAGACGGAGGAACCGAAUCCGGAUGUGCGUAUGACGCAGGACGAUGAAGAUCGACUGGUGGAGCCGAAAAAUGAGUUCUUCGAUGGUGAUAACGACAACGACAAGAGUGAAAACGAACCGUAGAGCUGCCUGAUUGGCGCAGUGUAGUGUGUAAGUUGCUGAGGGAGCCUACUUUUACGUUUCUGAUUCGGCGUUCGGCUUUCGAGAUAUCUGUUCGAAAAUAAUUGUCCAUGCAGAGUUUGCUUGGCCACAAUUGCAGUUAGGUAUAGCGACAAAGAACUACAUCAUCUUCCACGGACAAGGCUGGGACAAGGGUACCAGUGUGCUUUUACUUUUUAGGACGCAAUAGCAAUAAAACAAAACGAAACAAAAACA